UCAAGAUAUUCUAUGGUAAAUCUUAUUUGUUUAAUUUAUUUUUCAUUACAGAAUAUUGUAAAUUUAAAACAUAUUAAUCUCCGUGGAUCCAAGCAUUUAUUCAAAUGUCCUGACCUUUCAUUGGCAAAAAAUCUUCAGACUCUGGAGUUAGAUGGCUGCUCAAAUUUGGAUACGGUACCAAGUAUCUCAUGUAAUGUUGAAGUGUUAUUAUUAGGUGGAACUGCAAUUAGAGAAUUGCCUUCGUCAAUUGAGAGUCUAUCUAAAUUAUAUCUUUUGGCUAUUGACAAUUGUACAAGGCUUGAGAGUCUUCCUAGCGGCAUGUGUUAGUUGAAGUCUCUUCAACAACUUUAUCUCAGUGGUUGUUUGAAACUUAAUAGUUUGCCUGAUGAGAAAGGAAAAUUAGAAGCUUUGAAUACACCUGAAGUUCGUUUUACUGGUAUAAGGGAAUUACUACCAUCCAUGGUAUGUUUGAAAAAACUCAAAGGCCUCACUUUGAGGGGAUAUAAUUUUAAGGAAUGCGUGGAUUUGAUGUUGUCUUGUUUAUCAGGUUUUCAAUUUCUCUCAGGUCUAGAUCUAUCUAAUUGUUGUAUCACUGAGUUACCCAGCAGUCUUGGCGAACUAACCUCACUACAGAGUUUAAACAUAGGUUUCAACAAAUUUAAGAGCAUACCGGCAAGCAUCAUAAAUCUUUCUAAAUUGUCCUGGCUUAAUGUACGCGGCUGUGAUGUGCUUAAAUCCUUUCCAGAGCUUCCAUCGAGCCUCAAAUAUUUAUAUGCAUAUGAUUGUUAUUCACUUGAAUUAUUGUCUAGUUUACCAAUUUCAUGGUCAACUGCAUGGGGGCUUGAGGAAGUUAAUUUCAGCAAUUGUUUUAAACUGGACCAGAGUGUCCUAGAAGGCAUUGUGAAAUCUGCUCCACAAAAUAUUCAGCCAAGUGCAACUGAAUCAUUUGGUUACGGUACAAAUGGAAAAUGGAUAUUAUAUCCUGGAAGUUCAAUCCCUCAGUGGUUUACCUUCCAAAGUAAGGGAUCAUUUAUAAAGUUGCUACCGGGCGGUUUAAAUGGUGACCUAGUAGGUUUACUUUUCUGCAUUGUUAUAUCACCCCGAGACCAUCAUGAUGAGGUGAAAGACUUCAACGUUAAAUACGAGUUGCAUCUAAAAUCAGAUGGUGGGCAAUAUGCGCAAAAGGCCGAGGGUUCUUGGAACGUUAUGGAGACUCCAGACUCAGACCACAUAUUCUUGGGUUACGAAGCUUCUUGGUCUGCCCAAUUCUGUUUCAAUAGUGAAGUUUUGUUUCAAUUCUAUAUUGAAGAUGAGGAUUUUAGACGUCUUGAAUGUUACGAAGUGAAAGAGUGUGGUGUCAAUGUUCUACUCUACCUUCAAACUAGUAGUGGACCAAUGAAAGAAUCUGUCACAAGUUUCAGCUCUGAGGAAAAUAAAGAGGAUCAACAACACGCUGAAAGAUUGGAGUUUAGGCAAAUAACCAAGCAAGCACAGAAAAGCAGAAUGAGAGUUUCAGCGUUUCGGAAAUGGUUUGGUUUCCGAAAGGCCCCAAAAAUGUUACAAAACCUUUCAGAGGCGUUUCGACAAUUUAAGAAAGAUAGAAAACGCGUUGCAGAAUCUCGACAAUUUGAGAACAAAAGGAAACGCGUUUCAGAAUUGAUAUAAAGUAAAUCCCCUCUCUUUCGUUGCUGGUUUCUGUAGGUUCUGCUCUCUUGGGUUUUAUGUAUUGCUUGUGGCGAUUCCAGUUCUGGAUGCUGUGGAGAGCUGUAUCGUUGUCUGCUGUGUGAUCUCCUUACUGUUGCAUUGGUGUUGCUGGGUUUUGUCAAGUCAUCUGUGUCAAUGUCCUCCUGCUCUGCCUCCGCUCUGCUCUAUUGGUGCUGUCUGGGGGCAUUCAGCUUGCUGCUCUGCCUCUGCUGGUGCUGUAUCAAUGUCCUUACUGCUGUAUGAUCUCCUUACUGUUGGUGCUGUCUGGAAGCUUUCUGCUUGCUGUGGUGCUGGUGUAGCAGCUGUGAAUAUGUCAUUUUUUCUGGUGUUGCUCCUCGGUUCAACUUGAUGCAAUGGAAGUUGCAGUUGUUGUGGUAUUGAAUGCGUUGUGCUGUUUCUGCUGGUGCUUGUUCUGCUGGUGCUCGCUUUCCCUGUUGGAUGCUGACUCUGUGUUGAGGGAAGGCUCUGAAAGCUGGAAGUUUCUGCAUUGUCGUGUCUGUUGUGGUGCAUUAACCUUGGUCACUCUCUGAGCCUGCUAGACAGUCUGCUGUUCGGGCUAUCCAGAGUCUUGUAGCCUGCUGUUUUGCCUAUUCUGGAUCUGGCUGAGUAUGGCUGCUGAUUCUGGAAUGGUGCUGCAGAAUUUGGUUGUGUAUGGUUGUUGGAAGUGCUACAAAUUGCUGGCUAUUCCUUGUUGGCUGUUCAAGAGUUUUGGAAAUGCUGCGUGCUGCUUCCUGCUUCCCGUUUAAUGUUCUUGCAGGGGUGGAGCUAAGGGGGUUGCUGUUCCUCAAGAGCUUGGCUCAUAGGUUUGUUCCUGCUGCAAUGGCUCUGCUUUCAAUAGCUAUUGGGGCUGCCUUUGGGAUCUGCAGGGUGAUAAUUCUGAUGUAGUGCCAUGUACAUUUCCUUUAGUUUGUGUUUCUCCAUUUUGGUUGCUGGUUUCCCAUGAGUCUCAGGGUUUAUGACUUAUUGUUCAUUUGAGAUUUGUGUAGCAUGGGCAUAAGUUGGUUC